AUGUCUUCAAUUAGCGUUUUCGUGAGCUCAAACUUUAGCUCUUUAACUAAAGAAAUGUCAAAGGAGAUCUCUUUGUCAGAACUGUGUCAGAAGAUGUACCCGAUAACGGGAGUCUCUUCAGAAGACAUGGAACUGACAAUAGAGUCUGCCGAUGGUAACAAGGUUAAGUACCAAGUUAAUGUGAUGGGUUCGAUUGAUGGCAUAUAUCCAUUCAAGGAUUUUACUGGGACCAACGUCACUGUCCAUGUAGUGGAUCCAAACAAGGAUUCAAUUGUCAACCAAUUACUAGAGUCAGGUGACAAUAGUGACAAGUAUACAUAUACCCUCUUGGAAGAAGAUUACCAAAGGAGAACUGACUCGGUACUCCAAUGGAAGAAAGAUAAUAAGCUUGGAAAGUAUGACCCAAAAUAUCAAGCUGGAUUGCUAAAACAACGAGAAUUGCAGAAUUCAAUAGCAGAAAAAUUGCAAGUAAAUGUCAGAUGCUCUGUCAAGGUUUCUAAUAAGCUAGAAAGAAGAGGCUGGCUUAGGUAUAUCGGCAAACUGCAAGCAGUCGCCAACACUGAUAAUUCUAAUGAUUUGUGGUGCGGUGUAGAGUUCGACGAGCCAACAGGUAAAAAUGAUGGUUCAAUAAAUGGUGUAAGAUAUUUUGGACCCGUACUUAAGAACCACGGUGGUUUCGUUAAACCAUUAUACGUUGAAACUGGCGACCAAUUCACUCCACUUGAGUCAGACUUGGAUUUCUCUGAUGAAGAAAUAUAG